GUGAUUGUUGUUGGGUUUGGGGUUGGGGUGAUGGUUGUUUGGCUGGUUGUUCGGCUGGUUGUUGGGGUUGUUGGGGUGUUGGUGAUUGUUGUUGGGUUUGGGGUUGGGGUGCUUGGGGUUGGGGUGAUGGUGCUGCUGGUUGUGCUGGUGCUGCUGGUUGUUUGGGUGGUGCUGGUGGUUGUCCAGUUUGUUGGGGUGGUUGUUGGGAUGAUGUUUGGGUUGAUGAUUUUGGGGGUUCUUGGGGUGGUGGUUCUUGGGAUGUUUGGGUUUGUUGUGUAGUGAUUUUCGAUUUAGAAAGAGUAGAUGAGAAGGCAGGUGAAAAGCUAAA